CUUCGUUUCUCGUCUCUUCCAUUACUCUCUCCUCUAUACACACAGUGGAAAGAUUUUAGUGAGAGAGUAAUUAAUUCUUUCAAACAUGGCCCUCCUCAACGAUUUAAUCAAUCUCAACCUCACUGAAUCCACCACGAAAAUUAUCGCCGAAUACAUCUGGAUCGGUGGAUCGGGGAUGGAUCUUCGAAGCAAAGCAAGAACACUUCCUGAACCUGUAACUGAUCCCAAGAAGCUGCCAAAAUGGAAUUACGAUGGAUCAAGCACUGGUCAAGCUCCUGGUGAGGACAGCGAGGUCAUAGUCUGGCCUCAAGCUAUUUUCAAGGAUCCAUUCAGGGGUGGAAAUAACAUUUUGGUGAUAUGCGAUGCAUACACUCCCGCCGGCGAGCCAAUUCCGACCAACAAGCGGCAUGCGGCGGCGAAAAUCUUCAGCGACCCCAAAGUCGAGAAGGAAAUCCCAUGGUAUGGAAUCGAGCAGGAAUACACCUUGUUGCAGAAAGAUAUCAACUGGCCUUUGGGCUGGCCUCAAGGCGGAUUCCCAGGACCUCAGGGCCCAUACUACUGUGGUAUUGGUGCCGAUAAGGCUUUUGGACGUGAUAUCGUCGAUGCACACUACAAGGCUUGCCUUUACGCCGGAAUCAACAUCAGUGGGAUUAACGGCGAGGUGAUGCCCGGCCAGUGGGAGUUUCAGGUCGGACCAUCUGUCGGAAUCUCUGCCGGCGAUGAGAUCUGGGCUGCUCGUUAUAUUCUUGAGAGGAUCACUGAGAUUGCUGGAGUCGUGGUUUCGUUUGACCCCAAACCCAUUAAGGGUGACUGGAAUGGUGCCGGAGCUCACACCAACUACAGCACAAAAUCGAUGAGGGAAGAGGGAGGAUAUGAAGUCAUCAAGAAAGCUAUUGAGAAAUUGGGUUUGAGGCACAAAGAACACAUUGCUGCCUAUGGUGAAGGGAAUGAACGUCGGCUCACCGGUCGCCACGAGACAGCCGAUAUAAACACAUUUAAAUGGGGGGUGGCGAACCGUGGUGCUUCGAUUCGUGUUGGGAGGGACACUGAGAAGGAAGGGAAGGGGUAUUUUGAGGACCGUAGGCCAGCCUCGAACAUGGACCCAUAUGUGGUUACUGCGAUGAUUGCCGAAACUACCCUUUUGUUGUGAACGUGAAACGUGAAGUAUUUUGGGGAGAUUUCUGUUAGAAUUGGGAAAAGAUCCUUCUGUUUAUUAUUGUUAAAAGUAGUGUGUACCUUUGUUUAUUCUGUUUUAGUUGCUUCUGGCUUUCAAAUUUUAACAGCAAAUGCAGUUUGUUUGGUGAUUUUUCCCAUGGUGUUUGUUGGAAAUAACGUUUAAUAACAAUGUGAAGGGUUGGUUUUCAGUUUUA